AACUGCAGCGCUGCACAGAGCGGGUAAAAUGGUUCUGCCUUUUGCCCUUGGGUUCAGACCAGCUCCUGCAGUCCCGGUACCCGGAGCCAGGUGCUGAAGGUCCCCCAGUCCCUAUCGAAAUCAGCGGGAGUUGGGGAUGGUUAGCCGCAAGUGGAAUUGGGCCUUUCAUCCCCACUCAAGCAACACGCCAACUAAAUCAAAUGGGAGUAUAAUCUCGGGCGUGAAACCGCGGGAUUUGGCUCCACAGAGCGAUUUAAAACACUUCUCAUGUAUAAACGGACUCUUUCUGCUCCAGACCCAUAGUGGGAGAGCUAUUGAGAUUAACGAAAUACAGUCUAAAAGCGCUUGAAAACAAUGAAGGGACCGAUCCUGAUACCAUUGAAAUCAAUGGGAGUUUUACCAUUGGCUUCCGUGGGGAUAGGAUUAGGCCCUUGAUUUGUAUAAUUGUUUGACCUGCCAUGCUCACACAAACAAUAAUGUUUAAAUUAUAUCAUCUAGGUCACCCGCCUCUAAAGGGGGAAUGCUACGCUUCAAACAGAGUCUAAAACACCGAAGAAAGCUAUUUUAAUAACUCAUCUCAAAAGGCAGAGUUGAGGUGAUAUCAAGAGUGCUAUGAGUGUGAGUUUUCCCAGAAUAUCGGGUAAAAAGCUGCUAACUCUACAUUUUAAAUAUUUUGUAACCCAUAAAGACAAACGGUUCUUUGAUAAAUUCGCCAUGCAACCACAUAAAGUAUCAUUGUCCCAUUCCGACCCUGUGUUCUCGCGGCACCUUACUGUCCCACUCACUUCAAUGCAUAAGCAAAGCAGGAUCGGACCCUACAGAAGCAUCUAGGAACCUGUGGUUACCAAUCAAUUGGUACAAUAGAGCAGAGCAAGGCUGCAAUAGCGUGCAGAUCAGACGUCUCUCCUUGUUUCUAGAUAACUGGGAGCCUCUGUACCAUGUCAUAUCCUCAGUUUGGAUACUCUUACUCUUCUGCACCCCAGUUCCUGAUGACCACCAAUUCCCUGACAACUUGCUGUGAGUCUAGUGGCAGGACUCUGACAGAUUCAGGCGCUGCAGCCUCGGCUCAGACCCCAGUCUAUUGUCCUGUGUACGAAAGCAGGCUGUUAGCCACAGCCAGACAUGAGCUCAAUUCUGCAGCUGCCUUAGGAGUCUAUGGAAAUCCUUACACAAGUACCCAGGGCUAUGGAAACUACGUUACCUAUGGUACUGAAGCUUCUGCCUUCUAUUCUUUGAACAGUUUCGACGCGAAAGAUGGGAGUGGAUCUGCGCAUGCGGGCAUUACCCAGGCGGCUGCCUACUAUCCGUACGAUCACACACUCAGUCAGUAUCAAUAUGACAGAUAUGGCACCAUGGACGGAGGCACCCGAAGAAAAAACGCUACUCGUGAAACCACCAGUACACUGAAGGCAUGGCUGCAGGAGCACAGGAAGAACCCCUACCCCACCAAGGGCGAGAAGAUCAUGCUGGCCAUCAUCACCAAGAUGACCCUCACCCAGGUCUCCACCUGGUUUGCCAAUGCCCGGAGGAGGCUCAAGAAGGAGAACAAGAUGACCUGGCCUCCAAGGAACAAGUGUUCCGAUGAGAAGAGAUCCUACGAAGAGGAAGAGGAGGAAGAGUCACAGGAAGACAAUAUGAAGAACGAGAAAAACGAUGAGGCCACCAGCAAAGAAGAAAAAGAGCUGGACCUGAGUGAUUUGGAUGACUUUGACCCCAUUGAGUCGGAGAGUUCAGAAUGCGAAAUGAAACAGCCCUUCCAGCACCUGGAGAGCAGCCAGAUAAGGGCAGCCGACACAUGUGCUACUGAUCAUUGCAAGGAGCCUUCUCUAAAGACGCCCAUCCCGGCGGCCACCAUUGAAGAAGACCUGGAGAGGGCUAAAAACUGUCUCAAGAAUGUGGUGGACGAAUGUGAGCAAGACUUAAUCAAUGUAAGGCAGAGAAGCUGUGAGUCGAAAAUGUGUUUCCAGCAAGGGCAACAAAUAUUGGAGACAAAGCCCAGGAUUUGGUCCCUGGCUCACACUGCCACUUCUCUAAACCAAACUGAGUAUCCUUCCUGCAUGCUGAAACGCCAAGGAGUCUCCUCCUCCGUUGCAGUUUCUGCUCCUGUUAGUGUCAUUGACAGACAUCAGGAUUCCCCAGUCACCAAUCUCAGGAACUGGGUGGAUGGGGUGUUUCAUGACCCCAUAUUCAGACACAGUACUUUGAAUCAAGCUUUGAGCAACACAACAGUUUCCUGGGCUACUACCAAAGGGGCCAUUCUGGAAACGGGAUCUUUAGGACGCUCAAUUGGGAACAGUACUAACGUGCUAAAAGGCCAACUGUCAAACUUGUCCCACCAGGACUCAAAUAAAGAAUUUCUUGCAUUUCCCAAAUCAGGAAGCAAAAUGUUUUGUUCUUAACAACACCCCAAGUGGCAAAGAACUUUCUAACACCUGAAGAGUGGGAUACACUGAAAAGAGAUUUGGAAGAAUUUAAAUUUAAAUAUAAUUUUUUUUAAAUGACAAAGAUAAGGAUUUAAGUUCAGUUUGCUUAGUUAAACGGGCAGACUUUAUUCAUUGCUGUUUUGAAGAAUUUCUGUUGGCUGCGACUUUAAGGGAUCAAUGUCGUGAAAAUAAUUUAACUCCAUGUCUAAAAGCACGUACUAUAGUGUAGGCGUACUUAAAAGUUUACAUCCAAAAGUUUACAAACGAGAAAUUUAAAUUCUGAUAUUUAAUUUAAGGCAUGCCAAUAUUAGUUAUAAAGACUUCUCAGAUUUUUUCCUUCUGAUUUCAUUGUUACAUAUAAUUCACAAACGGCACUUAUACCAAGUUUACACUAUUGCACAAAUUUACCUUGACAAAUAUAUUAAAAAAGUAUG